AUGGUUCUCGUCUCAUCGAAGACCCUUAUUCAGGCGCACGCCGUGCUCGUCCUCGUGAUCGCCGGCUACCUAAUCAAGAACCCGGAGAUGAUCGUCGACUCCGACAUGGUGUUCAUGAUGGGCGAAGCAUUGAAGAUCGACUUCCCAUCCCUAUCGACACCCCAGAAAUCCCCCUUCACGUUCUGCGCCGUCUUGCUCUUCGUUGAAUCUCUUAUCGACCUCGUCCUGCUAUCCAACAUCCCCUUCCAUGAAGCUUUGGACGAAGCCCUACCCUACAUCCGACCCCUGCGAAACGGUAACCUCCCCGCUGAGGACCUCCAGGUUCUCCAGAACCUACCGGAAUACAUCACCAAGUCUCUGACCGUGUACUGGAGUGUUUGGAUUGGUGUCGCGGGAUGCAAGUUCGCUGUUUACGCCGGUCUUGCUUUCUUCAUUUACCAGGGGCGCGCCGACGGAGUCUCGACCUACACCAGUGCUGCGGCGCUUGGUGGAUUGGAUCUGUUGAAGAACCGAGUGGUCUUCACCUUUGCCUUCCUUGAGAUGAUGUUCUGGUUCUGGGCUUUCUCGACUCUCCGACAGGAGCGCCAGGAGCGCUUGACUAAGCUCUUGGAGGACACUCGUGACAUGUGA